CUUAUGCUGUGAGGGCGCAAUUGUAGUGGGAUGAGGCGCCCGCUCACGCGCCGCUUGGCGGUUCUUGGGAGAACUUCGUUUGUGAUGGCAGUGGUGAUAUAAAAUGGGGCGGCAGUUGGAGAACUUGAAAGAGAAAAUAGACCAGAAGGAACCAGAGCCCACUAGGCUUCCCCCGAUUAUCUCAAAAGAUGGGAAUUAUUCUGUGCACCAGAAUAGCCACACAAGAUACCACGAAGCUGUUCGGAAGGUGUUGCUGAAGACAUUUCCCAAUCAGGUCUUCAGAGUCCCCUUGACUGAUGCUCAGAACUUCAGCUUCUGGCGGUCCCAUGAUCCAGGAGUGCGUCCAGAGGAAACCAUGCCAUGGAUCCGGGGCCCUCGCCACUGUCUCAUAAAAAGCGCGAUGACCAGGUUUAUGGAUCACUCUAUUCUCAAUGACAGAACCUUCAGUCUGUAUUAAUAAGAUACGGCUGCAGAAAGACAAGAUGAAUUGUGGAAAGAGUGCAAAGAGACGGAAAGAAGGAGGUUUCCCAGUUCCAAUGGCUGACUAAUGGGAAGAGGUGGUGGAGAAAGCAGAGUAAACAGAUUGGACUAAAA